CUUAGUUGGUCUUCAGCGUAGAAAAACCACAGGUUGUCUUAGAGGACACCUUCUAAACAAUCUAGAGAUCCAGACUUUGGAAUAAUUCAAUUUAUACAUUCCUCUUUGGGUCACCAGCUGCGGUAUGAUUUGAAGGAGCAAUAACUUCUAUCUGCCUCAGUGAAUUGAUUGAGUAGAUCAGGGGACGAAGGAUUGACUGAGGCCUGUUUGUCUUUUUGAUCAACAUUUUGCUGUUCAUUGAUUUACUGAAUCCACACUUGAAAAAAAUGAAGGACCGACUGGCCCAGCUGAAGGAGAAGAGUGAUCCUGGUGGUGAUGACAUUCAGGUUCCUGUGGAAAACGAGGCUUUCAUGGACGACUUCUUUGCUCAAACUGAAGAUAUACGCACCAGCAUUGACAAAAUUGAUGAGAGCGUGACAGAAAUCAAAAAACUCUACUCCACCAUCUUGUCGGCCCCCACAUCUGACCAAAAAACACAAGAUGAUGUCGAAAUCCUCACCAAUGAGAUAAAAAAGUCAGCCAACAAUGCAAGAAACAAGCUGAAGAGUAUCGAGCGGCAGCUUGAGUCGAACACAGAUGAAAGGGCUUCGGCAGACCUCAGGAUACGCAAGUCACAGCAUGCAAUUCUGGCAAAAAAAUUUGUUGAGGUCAUGACAAAGUACAACGAGGCUCAAGUUGACUUCAGGGAUAAGAGCAAAGGACGAAUUGCACGACAGCUUGAGAUCACGGGGAAAAACACUACUGAUGAGGAACUUGAGGAGAUGCUGGAGGGGGGAAAUUCUGCUGUCUUCACUGCCGGGAUCACAGAGUCCAAGAUCAACCAGCAGGCCCUGAAUGAGAUUGAAGCCCGUCACAAAGAUAUCAUGAGGUUGGAAAGCAGCAUUAAGGAGCUCCAUGACAUGUUUGUUGAUAUUGCCAUGCUGGUGGAGAACCAGGGUGGAAUGAUAGACAGAAUUGAAGGCAAUAUGGACCAGUCGGUGGGGUUUGUGGAGAGGGCAGUGGCCGACACUAAGAAGGCUGCCAAGUUCCAACAGGAAGCGCGCAGGAAACAAAUGAUGAUCUUCUGCUGCUGUGCGAUUCUGGCCCUCGUCCUUGGCUUAUUUUUCUACAGCUUCAUCAAAUAAAGGAAGGACCUGUCUGAGGUCAAACAUUAGCUGGGUUUGCCCAACAGGAAAAAACAAAAAAGAACUGUUAAAAUGUGGCCAUGAACUCUGUAACAUUUAUUUAUUCGAAUCAAGAUAGGUACAAAGAACUGGUAAACAGUGUCUGCAUUCAUUCAUGAUUAUUUUUGUGAGCUCGUAGCAACAUUCCUAACCAGGUCAAACUCAUUGGUUCAGACUCAGUGUAGUGUGAACAUCCAUAGUUGUAUCUGAAUGAAACUAAAAUCAAAGGAACGCCUCAUUUCUGCCAAAACAAAUUUUUCAAGUUUAACAAGUUUGAUGGACAGAUUUUGAGUUCUUAAUGUUAAAUCCUUGUAAUCUUAUAAAGUAUGAUGCGGUUGUGUGACUAUCCAUGUAAAGUCAUGCAGUGUAAAAAAAAUUAAAAAUAGCAUUCUGUUGAACUCCUAGAGUUCUUUUAGGAAGGCAGAAAUCUGCUUUGGUUCCAUCUCUGAUUAGCUUAUUAAAAUCUCUUGUUACAAUACUAACAUUUUAUUCAAUACUGAGAAUAAGAAAAAUACUUCAUUCUCAGUAUCAUUUUCAAUACUACAGCAGAGGUGAAGGGUUCUUUUUUUUUAAAAAGAACAAAGAAAUACAAUAUUUUCAUUGUGUUAACAAGGCUGUUCACCUCUGCCACCCAACAUAGGGUCACUGACGCCAUAGAAAAGAAAUUCCUGGAUCCGGAUCAGGAUCUGGAUCACCAUCCAAAUUUAAUGGAUUCUUCCUUGGGCUACGACACGCCUCUGGUAGAAAAUUCAUAAGAGUUCAUCUGUAACUUUUUCUGUACACCCACACACGUACACACACAAAUCUACACAAAGACAGACAGAUAGACAAACUCAAGCUCAUGAGCAAACUAAAUGAAACAUUUGAGUUUUCAAUGUAUCUGAUUAUUUAUGCGGUUACAAUAGAUGAAGCAACAUACCAAAUGUCCCAAUAAAAGUGCUACCCUAGGUUUAUAAUGUGUAGUGGCUCUCAAAAGUGUUAAAAUUCCAGCUUUUGAGAUUGACGAAAUGAGACAAUGAUACAUCCUUUCCAAUUUUUUUCAUCUUUAAUGUGACAUAUACAGUAUUGUCUACAGUUAGAUUGAGAAACAAACAAAUCUGUUGAGGAGGAUAUGAACAAUACAAAAGCUUCAACAACCUGGCGGCAUAAGUGUGCUCUUUUUUAAAAUUAAUAGUUUGUUAAAGCACCUUUUAAUUUCCUUUCAAUUCAACACAGUAAAAUCUGCAAAGAAAGAUGCAUCAUUUUAGCAUAGAGUUAAAAUCCAUAAAAACAAUGGUGGGUGUUGUGAAGCCAAACUGAUGCAACCCCAGAGACUUCUCAGUGUUACACUAUUACAGUGUACAACAUGGAGUUUGUAUCAUAAGUAUUGAGACAGCUGUUCUUCAUUUGUCAUUCGUCCAGUUUGUUUGCUGGAAUUAAGAAGCAUUCUGUGCCAAUACUUAUGCUAUUAACUGGAGUUAAUGAAAUAAUUCUAGUAUGAUGGAAAACAACUCUUUAAAGCAACUGUUUUAGAUUGUUCAAUGUAACCACUUAGUGGGUGAAUGAAAUGUGUAUGUCAUAUUAUGAUUGGACCAUUUUUACCUGCAUGCAACAUGUUAGGGAGAAGCUUCUGCUAAGCUUUUCUGAAGUGUGAAAUGAGCCUUAAUCGACUUCAUGGUUCAGGGUGUAAGCCCAUUCUCUGUGACAGCCUAAUUUCAUUUUUAAAAACAUGAUAGAAUUUAAUGUGAAAUGUACACAUUAGUGAAUCAGGUUUAGGCAUUAUACAACAUUCAUCUAAUGUCUAAUUAACAUUGGCUUCUCAGUACUCUUGUUGUUAUUGAAGUAGUUUUAGUUUUUGCAAUAAAGAAGCUGUAAUGUUUGUUUCAUUGUUAAGCUAUAUGAGUUUGUAUCAGUAUAGGAGGAUAAACUACAGUUUAUUUGUUUCUCUUUUAUAGAUGUGUCCAUUUUGUUGACAAAUAAAAAAAUAUGCCAGCCA